CCCCGUCUCCUAGUGGCGCGGGGAGAGUUACGUCGGCGUGCGUGGCUGCGCAGCCGCAGUGCCGGGCGAGUGGGCGGGGCCGGCUGUUGGCGGCGGUUGGCGCGGCCCGGGAGGCGGCUGCACGUGCAGGCGGGGGCGAUGCGUCACUGAUCGGUGAGGCGCGGCCUUAGGGUCGGCCUUCCCCUGGUGUCUGCGGCUGGCCCCUUCUCAGAGGAACAAGGAUGAAUAUGACUCAAGCCCGGGUUCUGGUGGCCGCAGUGGUGGGUCUGGUGGUUGUCCUUCUCUACGCCUCCAUCCACAAGAUCGAGGAAGGACACUUGGCUGUGUACUACAGGGGAGGAGCUUUACUAACUAGCCCCAGUGGACCAGGCUAUCAUAUCAUGUUGCCUUUCAUUACUACGUUCAGAUCUGUGCAGACAACACUACAAACUGAUGAAGUUAAAAAUGUGCCUUGCGGAACAAGUGGUGGGGUCAUGAUCUAUAUUGACCGAAUAGAAGUGGUUAAUAUGUUGGCCCCUUGUGCAGUGUUUGAUAUCGUGAGGAACUACACUGCAGAUUAUGACAAGACCUUAAUCUUCAAUAAAAUCCACCAUGAACUGAACCAGUUUUGCAGUGCCCAUACACUUCAAGAAGUUUACAUUGAAUUGUUUGAUCAAAUAGAUGAAAAUCUGAAGCAAGCUCUGCAGAAAGAUUUGAACAUCAUGGCUCCAGGCCUCACCAUACAGGCUGUGCGUGUUACAAAACCCAAAAUCCCAGAAGCCAUAAGAAGAAAUUUUGAGUUAAUGGAGGCUGAAAAGACAAAACUUCUUAUAGCUGCACAGAAACAAAAGGUUGUGGAGAAAGAAGCUGAGACAGAGAGGAAAAAGGCUGUUAUAGAAGCAGAGAAGAUUGCACAAGUGGCAAAAAUUCGGUUUCAGCAGAAGGUGAUGGAGAAAGAAACUGAAAAGCGCAUUUCUGAAAUUGAAGAUGCCGCAUUCCUGGCCCGAGAGAAGGCGAAGGCAGAUGCUGAGUAUUACGCUGCACACAAAUAUGCCACCUCAAACAAGCACAAAUUGACCCCGGAAUAUCUGGAGCUCAAAAGGUACCAGGCCAUUGCUUCUAACAGUAAGAUCUACUUUGGCAGCAACAUCCCUAGCAUGUUCAUGGACUCCUCUUGUGCUUCAAAAUAUUCAGAUGUUAGGACUGGAAGAAAAAGCUCUCUCUUCUCUAAGGAGGCUCUUGAACCCUCUGGAGAGAGCCCCAUCCAAAACAAGGAGAGCACAGGUUGAUGCAAGAGGUGGAAAUGUACUCCCAUAUCAAGAUGUGGCCCAAGGGGUUAAGUGGGAACAAUGGUUAUAUGACUCUUCAGAUUCACAGAGAACCUGUGCUCUGUCUGUUCUGCCUCUCCUGUGAUAGCCCUGGCUUAUCAACUGAUUGCAGGGUAGAACCAACUGUCUGGCACCCAAAUGUCUUCAGCCACAGUUUAUCAAGUAUCCUGUGUGUGUUCCCUUCUGAACUGGUACUCGUAAAUCCGGGAAAGUCUGAUGCUAAGAUACUGCCUGCACUGGAAUGUUAAGACAUGAAUUAUAUAACAAGCUGUGUUUUUCUAAGCUGAGAUCUAUUGAAUAAUGUUUACAUUGGUCCCCGGGGAAAUGUGUGCUUGGCCAUUCGAGACAUAAGAGGCCAGAGAAGAUGUCAGGAUGCGGUAAGUGUAAAGACGACCAAUCACGCCUGGGGCCCAGGCUUUCUUUGGGGUCCAGUCCCAGCAUUCAUCCGUGUGAUUAGCAUCUAGUCCACUGAAGUUCUCCAGGAAAUGAUCUUCCACUUGAGCAAUGAUUUACUUGAUAUUAUUUGCACCUUUUUUUCCCUAUAGUUGAGUUGGUGGCCUGCUGAGAUAUGUACCUUGCCACCCAGCCAGGGAUUCCUAAUCACUAGUUAUUACUGCAUUAGUAGGCUCAGAGAGCUUGGUUUGAAGUUCUGGGUAAGAUGAAACCUUUGCUUUGAACCACAGCUCUGGGGCCCCGCUUCCUCUCCAUUGGAUGAUGACUGUCUGCAUCACUGCCCCAGGCCAUUUGUAACUAAGGUGCCUGGCUUUUAGCCACUCCUUCCUUAUGUGUCACUUCUCAGCUCUGUCUGGCCAAGAGCGGGACAGGGCUUUAACCGGAAAUAGGAGCAGCAUACAGUUCCCAGCUGUUCACUGCACAGUAUUGUAUCAUAACUGCAGGAAGUUUUUAUUUGUAAAACUGGAUUUGGGGUACAUUUAUUUGCCCCAGUACCUCUACCUGAAGGCCGAAUCCUAGGGCUGCCAUGGUUACUAGCACACUGAUUCUCCUCAAUAUUGUUCUUCUGGAGCCUACAUAGUAUGGGACAGAGUAACUUAGAAAGCAUCUUUGGUCAUCUUUGUCUCCUUUUUUCCUGGCUCUGAGAUUCUGAAAUCAAAGUUGUUCUCUGGCUCUCACCCUCCCUAGGAAGUCAGGAUUCCACUGACUUCCUGGGCAGCCAGGGGAUUUAAUCUCCCUUGAGAGGAUGACAGAGUGAGUUAACGAGUUUUCCUGUGGCUGUGGGAGACCUAUUUCAUCUGGGCCUUUUCCCCUUCAGAUUAGCUUUCCUGAAACAGUGUGCCCCAUAGUUAGGCCUGAGUUUGUAGCUUGUUAAGACACCUUUCAUGAAUACUGUGUUCAAGCCAGACAGAAAAGUCAUGGGACCACUUCCAGAAACCUUUUUGCUGUCAGUCCUGUCAGUCUCAUGACAGCUUGUGGGUUGUGCCAAACACUUUCUGUGGGGAAGGAAUCCCAGAUUUGAGUGGGGCUUUUCCCUGGGCCUUAUACUAGAGAGGCAUUUGUAAUAUGGAGAGAAUCCUUUUUUCAUUUUCGCUUAUUAUAUACGCUCUCUUUAUGUUCUCUAGCUCUCCUUCAAAGAACAUUUGAAAUAGAAGAAUAAACUCUUCACCUGUCAUGUAUUGUUGCUGCAGAUAGGUAAUGAUUAUUGUGGGAAAUUUGGGUCAUUGACCUUUGUGCUUUCAUUCCUAGAGAUGUUUCCUAUUCCCAUAAGCUAAAAGCCGUUGCCCCGAAGUGUUGGAUGUGGGUUUUCUUACAACCCCCCCGGUGGCAGAGUUGAGGAACAGGGAACUAGCUUUGUGAAGUUGUAAAGAAACUACUUCCACUUAGAUUCUCCCUGGAGUGUGCUUCCCAGCGCUCGCUCAGGCUCUAAGUCUAUCCCUCCUGCAGGGAUGUUCCUUUUGGCAAAUACACACUGUAAUCUUGAAGUCUAAAUUUAUAUGUGAAAUGCUACCUUUUUUAAAAAAGAAACUAAAUAAAAUUAUUUUACUAUCAGUGA